AUGUCUUCUGCGCAGGAUACCUGGGGUACGCUGAUCAAUUCCGACAAGAGCCCCGCCCCGCUGCUCGAACAGCUAUGUCUGGGAAUCGCCCAGCUCAUGCCAACAUUUGACCAAGAUGGGACAACCGAUAUUACCCCAGAGCGAAUGGCGGCCUUUUAUCGCAAAGUCGGCGGAAAUUACGACCCCUUGUUUCUCGAGACCAAGACCCAGGCCUUGUCCUUCAUAUACCAGUCGUUAGGAUGUUUCCACAGCUUACAGCCCUCGUCCAAUCCAUACGAGGCACCAACGAUUCCAUCGCUCCUACCCACGGGGUUUGUGCGCUGGCAGACAAUACAGUUGCUCAUGGACCCGGAUGAGCACUCAAUGUACCUACAGAACGCGGUGAGUCUUUGGGAUCUCGCAGACUCAAAUGGGGAGCCAUUUCCCAAAUCAAUACCACGGGACGCAUUCCCAUCGGAGCCAGACCCAGAGAUGCUUGAAUGGCAUGAAGGGGUAAGUCGGCGAUUAGAACACGACUACUUGAAAAGACACACAAAACGUGCUUCGCCGCCAGAUUUCGGUACAUAUCAUUAUCAUUUCAGUGGGAAAGACCCUCUACCCGACGAGGAUGAUUAUUUUUCACGGACUCCACCCCGCAGCUCAUCGAAGCGGGAAAGUCACGUAGACCCUGACCGGCCGAGUGGACAUCGCCAUCACCGCCGACACCAUAGCGGGGAGUAUCCUUCCAGCUCUGGACAUAGACAAUCAAAGGCUCGGUCCGGAUUCUCAACGCCACGAGUGUCAUCACCACCCCCGUGGGGCGAUCGCACACAUAAUACAAGAGGUCGAGAUCAGGCACCCGGACGCGGUCAUCCGCUAAGCCCGGGAGCCAAUGAACCAGAAGUUUUUGAGGCAUCCUCAGAUGAGCCCCACAACCCCGAGGAGCCACCACAUACCCACCGGCACCGUGAAAGGCGCCACCUCUCGCCUCCUUCAAACAGCAAUGCUAGACGGCACUCCCAUGAGGCCUACACUCGGCGACCCUUCCGAGAUAUUUCGCCGGGUCCCCGGCGCCACCGACGCAGCCAUGAAAGCCAUUCUUCGCGCUCCAGCAAGUCUCAUCCAGAGACAUCUUCAAGGCACAAAGACCCACCUCGCACCAGAACAGCGGGUGUCAAGUUCCGUGAGUUCAUUUUCGGCGAUUCAGCUCCAGCUCCGGCAGCCCCCUCCCCUCCACUUUACCGGUCUCCAACUCCUCCACCGCGAGCAGUCCCAAGACAUCUCGAUCCAUAUGCUGCGGAGGAUAUCAGGCGAGGAAGCUAUAGCGGUGGUAGCAGUGGGAGUCGGCCGAGCAGUGGAGGGAGUGGAUCCGAGCGACCGAGAUCGUAUAGUAGUGCGGGCAUGCAUCGAUCCAAUGGCUGGGCAAGUCCGAGGAGCUCGGCUGCAAAGCGCUAUACAUCUGCUGCAGUGCCUGAAGAUUAUGUUCCCCUACGACGGGUCCCAAUAUAUGAACGAUAA